CACCUCAUCUCACUCCAUUUCCGUAUCUCGGACUCUGCUCAUUAUUUGUAUUUACUUAAAUAUUUGUUUGUCACUUGUUUGCAAAGUGUACAUAAAGAACCCGGAAUAAAAUUAAGCGGAGUAAAAUAACGAUAAAAAUAACCCAGUUUCAGUCACAUAUUUAUGCAUGUACCUGACACCAGGCAGAUUUUGGUCCAUUUUCUUGCAGAUUUUCAAAAAAAAUAAUUUCCAACGUUAAAUUUAUUAAAUUACUAAAAAACAACCAUGCCGGAACAGCAAGAUUUUCGACCUCAACGAAACCGCGACACCACAACGCUUAUCCAGUUAGACUUGGAAAUUCGGAAUUUGUCCGAUUCAACUGUACAAGUUCGUGAGACUAAUGCGGAAAUUUUGAAGAAUUUGGAUCAUUGUAAUUUAAACGAGGAGACGGGUUAUCAUCAUUCCGUUCAAGAAGAAUCUACCGCAAUAUUUUGUGAAGAUGUUGUCAAUUGGCCGGAUAUUCUGUCGUUUUCCCAAGAUGGUGGUAGCCCGACGGCUUCGGAACCCAAAAGUCCAAUUCCGCACCUCAUAACACCGACCUUCGCCGACGUUCUCAAAGGCGAAAAGGCACGCCUCGCCGAAAUUCGUGCCGAUGUCGACAAACACAGCGAAAUGUGGGAAGUUCAAAAAAUGAUAAAUUCACAUCAAACCGAUGAAUUAUUUUCGGACGACGACGAAUCAUCCGAAACUGCUCGAGACGAAGAAAAAGGGACCGAAGUUAACAAACCCGCAGAAAGUAUGGUACUCACGAUGUACAAGUUUUGUCUGGAUAGCGUAAACCCUGUAAUGCAGCAUUACAUAUACUUUGAGAAUAUGAGUUAUAUCGGUUCCAUUUUCAGAGGUAAAUAUAGUACAAAAGUUCUGGCAUCUGUGGUCGGUGGCGUCUUUACUUUGGUCGUCGCUGGAGGACUGGCAUAUGCAUAUUAUUUUUAACAAAUUAAGUUUAUACAGAUGUAGAGAAACCAAUUAAUGUCAGCAAAUUACACGAUAAUAGCAAUUGACUUGCCUAAUUAGUAAUUAAUUAUAAAUUGAACGCAAUAUCCGUUAAUUGGGAGAAUUGUUAUCAGAUUUGUGUAUUAAAUAGUUAGUCCCAGCCAAAGGAAUAAUGUUGUUAAUCGGCUUUGUGAAAUUUUGCGAAUAAAAUAUUACAUGAAAUUCAAAA